AUGGGCAGUAAGGCAAGCAACGAAAAACCUCACUCGGCCGAGGAGGAGGCAGCGGCCUUCCAGAACAAUGCCCUCGCACAACAGUACGGCGGCGGGCACGCUGGCGGCUGGGUUGGCCUCUUGCCCUCGUCUUGGGUUCCCUACGUCCAACUGGCGAGACUGAGUCCGCCGGCCGCCCUCUUCCUCAUCUACUUCCCUCACUUCUUCGGUGUCAUCCUCGCCGCCAUCAUCAAGAGAUCACCCGUGUCCCAAGUCUUACAUGCGGGUGCCGUUAUGUUCGGGGGCAGCUUCUUUUUCUCGAACGCAGCCCACGGCUGGAACGACCUGAUCGAUGCGCCCAUCGAUAAGUCCAUCGCGCGCACGAGCAAGAGGCCUAUUCCUCGAGGGGCUAUCAGCCCCCGGGGCGCCUUCAUAUUCACGGCUACGCAAGCCAUCGGCGCAGCCUCGUUCCUGCUCUUGAUGCCGAGCGGAAGCGCGAUAUACGCGGUCCCAAACAUCAUUGGCACAUACUACUACCCCUGGGCGAAGCGACACACGAAUUUUGCACAGAUAGUGCUCGGAUUCUGCUUAGCUUGGGGCAUUAUGAUGGGUUCUUGUGCAAUGGGGCUAAAGCCCUUCACCGGAGGUCCGUUUGGCGCGGAAGACGGAUGGAAGAUGCACUUCUGGGUCGAGCCAUCGAUCGCAUGCCUCUUCCUCGCGUCUAUCCUCUGGACGGUCAUCUAUGAUUCUAUCUACGCUCAUCAAGAUGUCAAGGACGACAUCAAGGUGGGAUUGAAGAGCAUCGCAGUGCUACUCAAGGACCAGACGAAGCCUGCCCUAUGGCUAUCCCUUGGUUGCAUGGUCGCACUGCUAUAUACAUGCGGAAGCUUGUUGGACAUGGGUAUUCAAUUCCAUGUGAUUGCGGCUGGCGGUUCCUUGCUCUCGUUGGGCGCUAUGAUCGCCAACGUUGAGCUUAAGGACUCUGCGAGUUGCUGGUGGUGGUUCAGGUACGGAUUUUGGUUGGCAGGAGGCGCCAUCGCAGGGGGCCUGCUGUCCGAAUACGUACUCCUUGGGCCAAGUUUCUGA